AACCUUCUUGGAUCCAGCUGUACGAUCAGAACCACUGAAUCAAAAUGGCGGACACAGUACAAUUCUACCUCGAGCAGAUGGUCCCCGAGCUGGAGGACUUGGAAAACAAGAACUUGUUCUCCAAGACUGAAAUCAAGGCAAUCGUUAAGAAGAGAACUAACUUUGAAUAUGCAUUGAAAAGACGUAUAAGCAAAAAGGUUGAUUAUCUUCGAUACAUUGAAUAUGAAAUGAACUUGGAAGCUCUUCGCAAGAAGCGCAAGUCACGUUUAGAAUCCAAGACUGCGAAGCAGUCUCUCUCAGAUUAUGCCGGAACCAGACGAAUCUUUUUCAUAUUUGAGCGAGCCUUACGAAAAUUCAACGGAGACAUUUCAUUGUGGCUGCAGUACAUUGAAUUCGCCAAGGCAAACGGUGCAAACAAGACAUUGGGAAAGAUAUUUGCCGAUGCCAUCCAAUUGCAUCCCACAAAACCUGCCUUAUGGAUCAUGGCUGCAUCAUGGGAAUUCGAAGAGAACGCCAAUAUUGUCGCAGCUAGAGUCUUGAUGCAACGCGGUCUUCGAUUGAAUCCUGGUCAAGCUCAGCUUUGGCAUGAAUACUUCCGAUUGGAACAACUCUAUAUCGAAAAGAUCAAAGCACGACGAAAGAUUCUUGGUAUUGAUCAGAAGUCACAUGGAUUAAAAGAGUUGGAAGAUACUGAAAAUGGCGACAAUGAUACGGAGAUGAUAAAGUUGCCAACGAUCACAGGUGGCGAAUUCGGUGAUAUGGAUGAAGAUGGCCAAGAAGUAAGAGCGGUCAAACAAAUGGAAGAAUCCGUUGCUGAGAAGAUGCGGGAGGGAAUCAAUCCUAUUCUUAAUGGCCUUCUUUCAACCAUUGUUUACGAUAAUGCUAUCCAAGCUAUACCUGAUGACCUGGACUUUCGAGCCAAAUUUGCAGAGAUUUACAAUGACUUUUCAGAUCCCGAAGUUGGUCUCCAGCACGUGUAUGACACCAUUCGCCGCGACUUUCCUGAAAAUGAAGAAGCUAGAGCAUAUCUUGCGUCACGACCUUUAUAUGUCAAGUCUGCAGAAGGUGGCCAAGCAGCACUCAAGAUUAAUGACCCUAAAUUUGUACAAGCAAUACGACAAUGUAUUCAAGAAUUUGAUAGCUGUGUCAAAGAUAUACCAACGAUUUUGAUGUGGGAGUUGUAUGCAGGAUUUUUGUCCGAGUGGCGAGAGACAGUGACAGAACCCAACUUGAAAAAGUAUUUCACCAAACUUUUGCUGAAGACUUUGAAUACUGCAGAGAAGAAACAAUUGAAAUCAGCAAAGUUGUAUAUUUUAUGGAUAAAUGUAUUGAGUUCACAAGAUGGUACAACGAAUGUCUUGGAAAUUAACGAGAGGGCGUGCGAAGCGUUCCCUGAAAGCGUGGACCUUUGGUUGUUGAGAAUUGAGCUGGUUGACAAGACUCAGACACAAAGUGAAUCCGUCAUGGCUGAAGACCAGCUAUUCCAGACAGCUCUCAGCAAGAAUGGAGCCUCAUUCAGACUGUGGUCAGCAUACGUUGAAUGGAUAGAAAAGAAAUGGCAAGAUGAUGUCUUGCAAAGCGAUAUUGUUGAUGAAUUGUUAACCAAUGCCUGCCGUAAAGCAACUGCCUUAUUGCCAUCAUUGGUGGAAUCCACAUCUGAUCGCAAUACUAUCAAGGAUUACGUACUAGGAUCACACGUCGUGUUGGCCGCUCGCAUGUCUGGUAUCAAGAAAGCAAGAGAGACUUAUAAGCGAUUGAUCAAUGGCAGUUUCCCAACUCUUGCAUUUUACAAGGCUUGCUUGCAAGUAGAAGCUGAAUACGGCAAAGGUCAAACCGCUGUGAGUCAAUCACAAUAUUUGUACGAAAUGGCAUUGAGACUGAAUGUUAACAAAGAAGGUGAGUUAUACAAAGCAUAUGACAGGCUAUGUUUUGUAUAGUUUGAUACUGACAGAC